GUGUGAAUGAAUGUAAGCGCAAGAGAGGACAAAGGGCGUUGGGCCCGCCUGUCAUGCCGAUCCCCGGUCCCACCAAACCCAAACCCGAAUUUAACCCACCCCCAACUCCCAACCUGCAAUCCUUUUAUUCAUCUCUCGCCCCGUCUAUUAGAGGUCUCUGCACCAUCAUACAAUUCAUCCAUGGUGGAAUUGGAAUUGGAAUUGGAAUAGGAAUAGGAGUUCCUGUACUGUUGAAUGGCCAGGAGGUAGUGUAUAAAACGCUCUGAAUUGGUCUGAGCGGUUGAGGAGGAGUGAAGAACAGAGAGGGGGAGAAAAGGGGGUGUAGAGGAAGGAAAAAAAGUGGGAUUUUUCUUGUGGUUCCGGGAGUUUUGAGGAUUGCAAUCCUGGCGGGCGGGUGGUGGGAAGGCAAUGUGGCGCCCAUGGGGCGGGCGGAUCCUCACCCGGCGGGUGCAGGGGCCGGUGGCGGCGGAGGAGGGGCGCCUUCGUCUGCUCCGUCGGAGGAAGAUGAGAACAGCGGGAACAGUAGCAGUCAGGGGAACAAGAACAACAAGAGAUCGAGAACGGAAGAGGAGGAAGGCGGCGGGUUGCACGGCGGGGACGGGCAACCGACCAGAAGGCCCCGGGGACGGCCGGCCGGGUCGAAGAACAAACCGAAACCGCCCAUCAUAGUGACCCGGGACAGCCCGAAUGCUCUGCGAGCUCAUGUUCUGGAGGUCUCAAACGCCUGCGAUGUGGCCGAGAGCGUGGCCACUUUUGCCCGGAGGAGAGAGCGGGGCGUCUACAUUCUCAGCGGGAGCGGCACCGUCACUAACGUUUCGCUCCGUCAGCCGGCCGCACCCGGGGCCGUUGUGACCCUGCACGGCCGCUUCGAGAUACUUUCGCUCUCGGGUGCGUUUCUGCCGGCCCCUGCUCCACCUGGUGCAACGGGUCUUACUGUGUAUUUGGCAGGGGGGCAGGGGCAAGUUGUGGGUGGUUCAGUUGUUGGGCCGCUCUUGGCUUCGGGCCCGGUUGUGAUCAUCGCUGCUUCGUUUACUAACGCCGGGUAUGAGAGGCUCCCGUUGGAGGAAGAUGAGGAACCGACUGGGGCUCCGCCGGUUCAGUCACAGGCUAUGCCUUCGUCUCUUGCUUUAAGUGAUGUUAGUGCUAAUAAUAAUAACAAUAUGCCUCUUUAUAAUGUGCCUCCUAAUCUUCUGACCAAUUGCCUUCCGCCUGAGGCUUACUGGGCUGCUGCUGCUUCUGCUCGCCCACCUUACUGAAAGGUUCAGGUCGAGGAGAAAACAUAGUGAAAGUUUCAAUCUUUGGGUCGACGAUUUAAUGGACCGAAAGGUUCGAUCUUUGUGUUUGGGUAUGGCGAAAGAUUCAAUCUCUGGGUACUGUAGUGUACCUGUGUUGUGGACUGAACAUGGAAUCCGCCAUGAUCAAAUCUUCGAGGAUCGUGAGUAUCCGUCGUCCUUCUUUGGGCUUGACUGGUGAUGGGAUAGGAUGGGUUGCGGCCUUUUGCCUCAUUCUUUUUUCUGUGUAAAUUAGAUCCUGAGAGUUAUGUUGUGAUUGAAUAUAAUUUAUGAUCGAAAUGCUUAUUAUGCUUGUGAUAAUUUCUCUCUGAGGUGAUUUUGAACUCCUGGUAGAGGACAUUAGGGGCUUCUUGGACCCAUUUGUCUUUUGCUUUGAACUAACAUUCAUUUUCUCUUUGUAAAUUGGAUCUUGUGACUUGUCUUGUAGUUCAAGAUGGUUUAUAAUAGCAAGGAGUUAUAUGGCACCAAGAAUCUUAUAAAAUCUUAUUUGAAGA